AUGGUUCAGUUAGGCAUUACCUCGAAGCCGGGCAAAGGAGCAAGCCCCACCAGCAGUGGGGAGGAUCCCGAUAAUGAUUUCGAAGACGAAAAGAGCAUUACAAUCAAGGUUUUGGAGACCGAGGAUACCCCUACUACCUCAAGUUGGGAAAAGGCGAAGGCUAUUUUCCGGGAAAAACUUGAAGCCGAGGAGGGUGGGAAGUUAAAGAAGUCAUCCUUGGAAUUCUUGAACGAGGUUGUCACGCCUCAGCAAGCUAUCGCGCAAUGUGAAAAAACCAAGGAACGUGCCGACGAGGAGUAUUCUUCCAAAAAAGAAGUUGUCGUGGCCGGGAAGAAGCUUAACAUCAAAGAGAAGAUAGUUAAGAUCCUGCGAAAGAUGAGCAUGUUUGUGGCCAUUGGUGAUGUAGUCUUCGAGCACUCGCCUGAUACAUCCGCAGUUGUUUGGUCGGCAAUUAGGUUAAUUCUCGAGAUUGCCCUUGAUGAUAUAAAUACCUGUGGACUCCUUAUCGACGCGGUGGACGAAAUCACAGGGGCCAUGUUCGCCGCCGAAAUAUAUGAGCAAAGAUACCAUAAAGCCGAAGCAGACGGUGAGAAAACCGGAAAAAAUGAGGCCGUACUUCUCGGAAGCAAAGUCUUGGAGAAGAUUGUCCCUCUCUACGCUGAUAUAUUGUACUUUUCCUACUAUUCUAAAAAAUAUAUCCAGCAUGGGAAAUUGGUUCGAUUGUUGAAAGGUAUCACGAAGCCAAUUGCGGUUCUACAAGGUAUUUUAGAUGGCAUCACCAAAAAACUAGGGGAAAUGCAUACGGUUGCCGGCUUGGUAUUUCAAGAACAGUCACUCGAGGCACUAGAGGGGCUCGCAGUGACGACUAAGUUAGAAGGCGAGGAAACUAGGAAUUUUAUCAGAGAAACAAUGUUUAAAUCGAAUCGAGAUAUCACUGAUUUGAAAGACGCUGUUUUACGAAGCCUUGCGAAUGAAGAAAUGGAACGGCUAAAUGCUGAAUUCGCAGAGAAUGAGAAGUGGUUGGAUCCGCUACAGGAUCUCUACUACGAGUUAAACUCGAAUAGGGUGAAGAGGCAAAAGGGCACCUGCGGGUGGGUUUUCGAUCAAGACGAAUAUAAACAAUGGUACAAUUCAACUCAAUCAUCCUUCUUAUGGGUUUACGGAAAUGCCGGGUUCGGAAAGAGUGUUUUGAUGUCCGCAAUUGUUGAUGGAAUUCUGGAAGGCAUCGGCAAAGAGACGUCGCAAAAAGUUGAGGUGCCUUCACCACCACUCAUUGCCUCCUUCUUUUGCAAAGUUGGGAGUGAAAAGACCCAGAAGACAUUUCCUAUUCUGAAAAGUUUGAUAUACCAAUACUAUCAGUACUGCAAACACCGGAUGCCCCAGGAGAUUUUAGUGGAAGCAAGCUCGCGAAUCAAGGAAGCAGCCAAAAAGGAAAUGUCGAUCUCCAACUCACCAUCAAACGCGGCUACGGGUGACUCUGUUCAAGAAAUUUGGAAAAAAUUAAUCUUGGAUUUGGGAAAGCUUUUUAACAGUCCUAUAUACAUUGUCAUCGACGCACUGGACGAAUGCGACGAUCGCGAAAAGACUGGAUUUAUUUCUCUUUUGCAAAACGUCGCGCGGAGCUCGUCUAGGACCAAGGUCGUCGUCACAAGUCGCCAGGAGCCGGACAUUGUCACUCUGGUGUCCCACGGCCCAAAGAUAAGUGUUGAAGAAAAGAAAAAUAUCAAGGACGUGAAGGUAUAUGUUAAGAAGGAACUAAAGAAGGUCACUAUUCUGAAAGAAAAGGAGAGAAAGGACGCUCACAAAGCUAUCGUAAAACGAGCAUCUGGUAUGUUCAGAUACGCCGCUUUAGCUAUCCAAAGUUUGCAACAACCUUGGGCUAGGCCUUUAUCUAAGCAUCUAAAAAACCUCCCCGGUCAAAUGGCGGAGUUUUACCAACGCUCUCUCGACCAAAUGGAGUCACAACAGAAAGAGGUUCUUAUUACGGCGUUGAGAUGGGCUAUUUGUGCUGACGGAGAUAUUACUGUGCAGCAAAUAGCGGAAGACUUUAGUAAUGUAUUCUUGGAGGCGGUCGAAGAACCGGAGGACGAAAUCCUGGUCCCGGAAAUUGAAGAAGGGGAAAAUAGUGACGACGACGACGAUGAUGAUGACGAUGACGAUAGCGAUGAUGAGGAUGAGGACACUGACGAGGAUGAUGGUGAGAAUCGUAUUGGGAACAAAGAUGGGAAUAAAGUGAAUGGGGUCAACCAUCUAGACCUUCUAGCCAAGGAAGUAAAUGGAGCCCUAAACUCUAGCCCCCUCAAUGAGAACCCCUCUUCUAGUGAGAGUGCUAAAGAUAUUAAAGAAAAGCCUCUCUACAGUGAAGCAGAACUGAAAUCCCGACUACGGCAACCUAUUGAGCACGUCAAAAAUUCGCGUGGGAUAUUUUUCUAUGUCGGUGAUGACGACGUUGUUAGACUCACCCAUACAACUGUCAGAGAUUUUGUUGAAGAUAAUGCCAAAAAGUACAUGGAGGAAUCUUCAAAAUUAGUUUCUUGCUCGAAGUGUCUGAAAGAUCUGGAGAAUUCAUCCACUUUGAGAUGCGCACCAAAAUGGGGCCACCUCCUCAUUGCCUUGACCAUAGUCCGCCAUCUCAACUCGCCCGAAUUUCAGGAAAGAUACAUGAGCUGGGACCAAUAUUGGGAUGGCGGGGACGAGAUACCACCGGAAUCCGAGGAGCCUGAGCCCGAGCCCGAGCUGGUACCAACUCCAGACCAACUAGAGGGAGCAAACUCUACUGAACAUUCGGAAGCUCAAACUUUUAGCUCCGGAAUACCCGAGGCUAACCCGACAGGUCUCGAGACGGAAAGCGGAGAAGUAGUGGUCAAUGGGGAUGACCCUAUAUUAGGGGAGAUCAUCCCACCUAGUCCAGUAUUGGUUACUGAAGCAACAGAUUUCGAUACUCAACCAGGAUCAGACGACUCCCAAGAUGAGGUUGAUGUAGAAAGCUUGAACGUUGUCGGACAGGAUAGCCAUCCUGAAGAUCCGGUUGAAGUUGCAGCUACCGAAUCAUGGGCUCCCUCGGAAGCUGACACCGACUAUGGAGUUAAAGGGAAAGAUCAGGAGCUUCAAGAAGAUGAAGCCGAAUUUUCGAAAGUCCUUCGAUACGAAGUCCAGAAGUGGAUCGCCCAUGUAGCAAAGGCUGAAAAGUUGUGGACGAAGGACGAGAAGAAGAAUAGUAAGGAGUGGCAAGAACUUAUUGCCGGCCUGAAAAAGCUCUCCUUGAAUAAGAAAGUUUUCCGUUUCAUACAAAGACACGUCUUUUCAGAAAAUUGGGAUAAGUGGACGACAUCGACGGGAUAUGCGAACCCCUUAUCUGUAUUUUCGUGGAACGAAGCACCAUCGGUUGUCGAAGAGCUUCUGAAGGAUGCCGAUAAAGAUGAAGUUAAUUUUACCUUCCCUGGAGGAUACUCCCAAUACCGAUCCGCUCUCCAGUUUGCUGCUGAGGGAGAGUGUUCAGAAACAACGAAGAUGCUACUUGAUGCUGGGGCCGACUUGAACUGGAAGUCCCGUACGGAUGCAACUACACUCGACUGCACCUAUUCCCGCGGCACUGUAUAUUUCGACAACUUGAAGUUACUCAUAGAAAGCGGUGCAGACGUUGUUCAAGCCGAAAGGGAAGGGCAUAGGCAAAGUUGUUUGCACUACACAGUUACUUCAGGUAGCCCUCAAGCUACAAAAUUGCUACUCGAACACGGUGCACGAAUCAAUGCACGAGAUUCAUCCGGGGAAACACCACUGCAUUGGGCAUUAUUUGCGCCAAAAGACGUACGAAAAGAAAUAGUUACUCUACUUUUAGAGAACGGGGCCGACAUCAAUAUGCUAGAUAAUGAAGGCCAAGCCCCACUAUUCGAAGCUGCGUUGAUGGGCAGUGUGGAGAUGCUAGAAUUGCUUAUAAAGUAUAAGGCGGACCUGUCUUCAUCGGUGGAAUUCGAAAAAUACAACAAAUGGAAUCUCCUUCACGCUGCGGUUUAUUCGAGCGAUCUGACCGAUAAUAUAGAAGCAACUCAGGAAACUUGCUUGUAUUUGAUGGAAAAGGGAGUUGAUUUAAUGCAUCAGGAUAUCAACGGUGAAACCCCUCUCCAUACUGCUGUACGCCUCAGUCUCCCUAAGCCAGUCGAUGACAUAAAUUUAAAAUUGGUUGCAACAUUGCUGCCGAAAUAUAUCGAAAAAGACCCUAGUCGGGCUUUCCUACACUUGGGUGAUUUCAAACAGCGAACUUUGCUUCACAGAAUUGCAGCCGCGGGGAAACUAGAAAUGGCAAAGUUAUUACUAGAUUGCUGCAGCGACCCUACCGAAUUACUAGAGCUCAAAGAAAAAAGUGGUUCAACUCCAAUAUUUCCAGCUGUGUAUAAGGGGCUUUCUAGCAUGGUAAAAUACUUAAUCGAGAAAGGUGCCGACGUUUCUGUCACAAACAAGCAUGGAAACUCAUUGAUGUCUAGAGCUAUAAACGGGCUAUGGCAAUUCGAUAAUGUUCUCCCAAGUGCGAAUGGGGCCCGCGAGGAAACAAUUGCAGCCCUAAUUAGAGCGGAACCCCAAAAAUACAAGACUGACUAUUCACUUGCGGUGAUUACGGCUAUCCUGAAAUCAGAGAUCUUAUUGAAUGCAUUGGUAGAAGUUGGACUGGAUUUCUCGACUUUAGACGAAUUUGGCUGGUCAUGGGCCAUGUAUGUUCUGGCAUACGGAUUCGAUCGCGAAACUUUGAUAUCAAAAAAUAUUGCUGCACCUAACAUACCUACUACAUUCCCAACGCUCGAGGAAGAAUGGCGUGGCAGGCUACCCUCGAAGCUUGUGGUAUCCUCUUCAAACUCGCCGGAGAAAUACAUAGUGGAUCAACCGGGAACCAGCUCUGAGGGGACAAUCAUCGAAGCUGUCUCGACGUCUUUCGCAACAGACAACCCAAUCCCUUUUGGAGUUUUCCAGUACUACUACGAAGUGACAUUUCUAGACUUUGAGGGUUCUUCGAACAACACGGAAAACGGUCGAUGUCUUGGUGAUAUAUACCUCGGCUUUGUGCAAGAUAAUCCGAAUCUCGCAUCCGGUAAAAUUGGAGGAGAGUCUUCCAAAUAUUCAAAACCAGACCCGGCUCAAGAAACUUUACAUGGGGAGGCAUUUCAUAAAACUGGCUUAAAUGGCUACCCCUGGGGUUGGAACUUGACUCACGGCGUAGUAUUUCAUGGACACGCAAGAUACGAUACUGACUUCACCCAUCGCGAUCAAGAUCUGCCAUUUUGCUAUGGUAAUUACGAAUUGCCCUAUACAAUCGGAUGCGGCUUCGAUUCUGUGAACAAAAGGAUCUGGUUUACGCGGAAUGGAGAUUUUAUUGGAAUUGCAUUUAAAGAUGUUAUUGGAAGAAUAUGGCCCACCCUUGGAAUUGUCAAUGGGGCAGUAAAAGUUCAAGUUAACUUCGGUGCCGACCUUUCAGCAAAACCGUUUAAAUACGACUACAAAACACGCCUCGAAAGUGAUGUGGCUCGCUGGAUAUCAGAAGACAAACUAGCUUUAGAGGUGAGUGGGGGUCGUUGGGAGCGGGAGGAGCACGGGUGGAUAAAGUAUAUGGAAGAACGGGACCCUAAACCCGCCGAUGUGCCGACUUACCUGUCUCAGUAUUCUAUGCGUGACGUAUGGAAUCUCAUGGGUAAAACAGCUACGGGUUAG